AUGAUUUAAUCCAAAAUGAUAGAAAAAGAAGAGGAUCUUCAUUGUUCUUUAAAACAUAAACUUCCUGUCCUUAUGGUUGUUUGCGAUUGUAAAUUAAAGAGGAACGAAAGACUUUUAUGUUCUGAAUGCAUGGAAAAUUUUGAAUCAAAAGUCUAAAUAAUGAGCUUUAAAAAAGUUUUAGAGAAUAUAUAGUAAAAUCAAAAUUAAAAGAAGGAAAACGUUGAGAAUGUGAUAAUGAAUAAUAUCAAACUAAUUGAAGAAUUCUAAAAAAGUCUUUUUUUAUUAAAAUCUCAUGUUAUUUAAGUAUUAGAUUAAUUAAUAGGAAAUGUAGAGGAAUGGAUUAAACAUAUAGUAAUAAUUGGACAAUAAAAUGUUACAUAUAGUUUAUUUAACGAAUUGGAUAAUCUAAUUAACAAGAAUAGAUUGGAAGAAUUCAGUCAAAAAUCAUUAAUUGAUCAAAUUAAUUUAAUUCAAUUAUCGUGGAAUCAAAAAAUUGAAAAGAAUCUAAAUUUAUUUAAAUCAUUUUAAGAAAGUUAAAAAUGUGAUGAAAUUUUACAAAAGUUGAGAAAUGUCAAUUAAACAAAUGAGAAUAAAAAAGAGCAAGAAUUAAUUUAAGUAAACUAUGAAAUAUUAUGUAGUCAAAAAACGAAAUGAUUUAAGUUGAGUAUGAAUAGAAGUAAUUAGAAUAAUAAUCGAUGUAUAAAUAAGUUUAAUUUAAUUUCAUUGAUGAUUCAAAUAAAUAGAGAGGAUUUUGUUAUGCCAUAGUGUUUAAUAACGAUGAUUCAAUUAUGGUUUCAUGUGAGUAAAAGUAGAUUAAAAUAUGGAAAUUUGAAUAAGGAACAUUCCAAUUAACUAAUUCUUAUAAUGAACAUAACAAUGAUAUUACUUGUUUAGUGUAUAGCAAAAAAACAAAUAACUUUAUUUCUGGUUCCUCCGAUCACUAAAUUAUAUGUUGGCAAUAAAUUAAUCAAAAUGAGUGGAAGUGCUCAUUACCAUUCAAGUAACAUACAUAUAGUGUUAAUUUUUUAUUGUUGAAUAAGUAGGAGGAUCAACUACUUUCAGGAGAUGAUCGUAAAAUAAUAGUAUGGAAAGUAGAAUUUAUAAAGAAUGAUCUAACUUUUCUGUAUUUCUUAGAUAACCAUAGCAAUCUUGUUUUGUCACUCAGUUUUAAUUAAUCUGAAACUGUAUUGGCAUCAUGUGGUUAUUCUGAAUUUAUAAUAUGGGAAAAAGGAAUAUCAGGAAAAUGGGAAUUUAAAUAUAAUUAAUAUGUUUUAUCAUAUGGAUAUAAAAUCCGUUUCAUUAAUGAUUAACAAUUUCUUUGGGUAACUUAUGGAAGGUAUAUUAAUGAUAUUUUGGUAUUUGAAUUAUAGAAUGAAAUUUUUAUAUAGAACUCAAAUAAAACAAUUUCUUUAAUUGAAAAUGAUGAAUGUGAAGAUUCUCUUUUAUUUCCAAUAAUACAUAAUAAAGAUAGAAAUGUGAUAUUGGUAAGACAUAAACAUCAUAUCUAUUUAAUUAGACAAUUAAAUGAUGGUACAUUUAAUAUUGUUGCAUCAUUAAAUCUUUAAACUUCAUACACUUAUGGAACUAUGACCAAUAAUGGCUAAUAUUUAGUAUUUUGGGAUAAAAUUUUUAAAAAACAUUCUUCAUAUGAGAUAUUAUAUUGA